AUGGCCAAGUCACACCUGCUGCUGUGGCUGCUGUUGCCCACAUUCUGUGGCCUGGGCACUGCUGUCUGGGCUGCCCCAUCCCUGGCCUGUGCCCAGGGCCCCGAGUUCUGGUGCCAAAGUCUGGAGCAAGCGUUGCAGUGCAGAGCCCUGGGGCACUGUCUGCAGGAGGUCUGGGGACACGUAGGAGCCGAUGACCUGUGCCAAGAGUGCGAGGACAUCGUCCACAUCCUCACUAAGAUGACCAAGGAGGCCAUUUUCCAGAACAAAACUCAGAAGUUUCUGGAGCAGGAGUGUGAUGUCCUCCCCGUGAAGCUGCUGGUGCCCCGGUGCCGCCAUGUGCUCGAUGUCUACUUCCCCCUGGUCAUCGACUACUUCCAGAGCCAGAUCGACCCAAAGGCCAUCUGUGAGCACCUCAGCCUGUGCACACCCAGGCAGCCGGAGCCGAUUCAGGAGCCGGGGACACCGGAGCAGGAGCUGGGGACACCGGAGCAGGAGCUGGGGACACCGGAGCAGGAGCUGGGGAUGCCAGGCCCUCUGCUGAGCCAACUAGUCCUCCCUGUGCUGCCUGGGGCCGUCCGGCCAAGGCCUGGGCCUCACACACAGGAUCUCUCCGAGCAGCAGUUCCCCAUCCCUCUCCCCUUCUGCUGGCUCUGCAAGACUCUGAUCAAGCGAGUCCAAGCCGUGAUUCCCAAGGGUGUGCUGGCCGUGGCUGUGGCCCAGGUAUGCCACGUGGUACCCCUGGUGGUGGGCGGCAUCUGCCAGUGCCUGGCCGAGCGCUACACUGUCAUCUUCCUGGACGCGCUGCUGGGCCGUGUGGUGCCCCAGCUGGUCUGCGGCCUUGUCCUCCGGUGCUCCAGCGAGGACGGCGCUGGCCCAGCCCUCACCACUCUGGGGUCCCUGCCAGGAGAAUGGCUGCCGCAAGACUCUGAGUGCCGCCUCUGCAUGUCUGUGGCCACCCAGGCCAGAAACAGCAGCGAGCAGGCCAUGCCACAGGCCAUGCGCCAGGCCUGCCUCGGCUCCUGGCUGGACAGGCAAAAGUGCGAGCAAUUCGUGGAGCAGUACACGCCCCAGCUGCAGGCCCUGGUGUCCAGGGGACAAGACGCCCAUGUCACCUGCCAGGCCCUGGGGGCGUGUACAACCUCGUCCAGCCCUCUCCAGUGUCUCUUCAGCCCCUACUUCUAA